AUGAUGAAAAUGAAGAAUUUUAUUGGUUCUAGAUUAAAGUCUUCCUCAGCAAGACAAGAUAAUUCUGAAAAGGAAUAUCGUCGUAGCUUGACGUGCAAGCUAAGUGUUAACGAGGAGUACAAGGAAGCUUUCAGAACUCACUCCUACUUAGAAAUUCGAACAAAAGCAGAAGAACAAUUAGGCAUAACAUUCUGUAGCAAAUUCUCUUCUUCUUCUCCUUCAUCCUCAAAUCUGAGCUUCCACUCACACUUGACCGAUUACUUACUCGACCCUCCUCAAGAAACUCUCGAUACUCUGAUGCAAGACACGAGUUUCCACUAUCUUCUAGUUAGAUUCUUUGACUUUAGCUCCGAUGCUUGUGAUGUGUGUGAGUCUCUCCUUCAAUGCAUCCAACAAAUCAAGAUUAAUCACAUGAAACUCAAAAGGGUUAUCAAGAUUGGGAAAAGGGUUUGCAAUGGUGCUAAAACCCCUGAGCUCUGUGCUUUGAUAUUUCAAGAGCUCUCGAGAUACGCCUUGCUGAAAAACCCUUUGUAUAGUAUCAUCAACCAAGCUCAGUUCCACAGAGUUCAUGAUGCAAACACGGACUUGCUCACGAGAUUGACAUCGGAAAGGAGAAGAAUCAGAAGAAAACUCAGGUUAGGAGGUUGUAGUCUAGUGAUUUCUCAUAGCGCGAUUGUUAUAACAUUGCUGAUAGUAGCAUUACACAGCAUACUCGGCGUUCUAGCAGCUCCUGCUUUACUCGGUUUGUGCUCGUUGGUUCUUUCGAGGAAGAAGAAAGCAAAAAGAAACAUGGAGAAUAGUAACAAGACUGAUACAACGCUAAUUAAGCUCGGGACACAAAUGGAUAUUGCAGCUAAAGGAAUGUUCAUAAUGAUUAAUGAUUUGGCUACACUGAGUAGACUUGUUGGGAGAUUAUGCGAUGAGAUAGAGCAUAGAAAAACCGUAGCUGCAAUGUGCGUAAAGAGUGGGAAGAUUGAAGUGUUGAAGGAAGCCUUGAGAGAGUUUAGUGGACAUGAAGAAAGAUUCUCAGAGCAGUUGCAAGAGAUUGAAGAACAUCUUUACUUAUGUUUCCACACUAUUAAUAGAUCAAGAAGACUAGUGUUAGCGCAAAUCACAGGACCAAGUUCUUGA